GUUGCCUUCCGUCUGCCCCAUAGAUCGGUUGUGCCAUGUGCCCGAUCUGCUGUGCGUUGCUCUUUAUAACAGGCUUUCUGGCCCUGGUCUACGUGUUCCUCACCUGGAAUUUCAACUAUUGGAGGAAGCGAGGCAUCCAGACAGCCCCCUCCUGGCCCUUCGUGGGCAGUUUUCCCAGCAUUUUCACUAAGAAUCGGAACGUCGCCUACGAUAUCGACGACAUCUAUCAGCAGUAUAAAGAUACGGAAAAAGUAGUGGGUGUGUUCACCACACGGCGUCCCCAGCUGCUGGUUAUGUGCCCGGAUUAUAUAAGCAAGAUCUACGCCGGCGAUUUCCGUAGCUUCCAUGACAAUGAAAGGGGGAAUUCCGUGGACAAAAGUGUGGACAAGAUUCUGGGCAACAAUCCAUUCGUGCUGAAAGGCGAGGAAUGGAAGGAGAGGAGGGCGGAGAUCACGCCGGGACUAACACCCAAUCGAAUAAAGGCCGUCUACCCAGUGUCGCAGAGUGUGUGCAAAAGCUUUGUGGACUACAUCAGGCGGCAGCAAAGGAUGGCCUCCUCUCAGGGAUUGGAUGCAAUGGAACUGUCCCUUUGCUUCACCACCGAAGUGGUUUCUGACAGUGUCCUGGGAAUCUCUGCGCAGAGUUUCACCGACCACCCAACACCGCUGGUGGGGAUGAUCCAGCGGGUGUUCAACUCAUCCUUCAGCUUCAUCCUCUACAGCGUGUUGGUCAACAUCUGGCCACCGAUCCGCAGGUUCUACAGCGUGCCCUUCUUCACCAAGGAGGCAGAGGACUUCUUCUUCGAUAUCAUGAGGCGGUGCAUCAAGUUGAGGCAGGAGAAGCCGGAACAGCAGCGAGACGACUUCCUCAACUACAUGCUACAGUUGCAGGAGAAGAAGGGUCUGGAUGCGGCCGAACUCACUGCCCAUACGAUGACCUUCCUCACAGAUGGAUUCGAGACCACGGCCCUGGUCCUAUCGCACACCCUACUGAUGCUGGGACGCCAUCCCGAGGAGCAGCAAAAGGUGCGUGAGGAGAUUGGCACUGGGGAUCUGACCUUCGAGCAGCUGACCGAACUGCCCUACCUAGAAGCCUGCAUUCAUGAAACUUUGCGCUUGUUUUCACCACAAGUGGCUGCUCGAAAGCUGGUGACCGAACCCUACGACUUUGAGAACAAGAAUGGAGUUACUCUGCGACUGAAUCCGGGGGAUGUGGUCAUCAUCCCGGUGAAAGCAGUGCACCACGAUCACCAGUACUAUGAGAAUGCACAGGCAUUCAAGCCAGAGCGAUUCCUUGAGAUUAACGGGGGUGUGAAGAGGUACCGGGAUCAGGGGGUCUACCUUCCCUUUGGCAAUGGACCGCGCAUCUGCCCAGGCAUUCGGUUUGCCUUGACCCAACUCAAGGCCGUUUUGGUGGAAAUAGUACGAAACUUCGAAAUCAAAGUUAAUCCAAAGACCCGUUCGGAUGAUCGGCUACAUGAUACCUUUUUUAUGGCCACUUUGAAAGGUGGAAUUUAUCUGGACUUUAAGGACCGAUAAUAAUUCGUUUUAAGUUCUGUAAUUGUUCUAACUAACAUUGCUGAUUGCUGACAAAAAAUUUCCAUUAAGCACCUUGUUGUUAAAGUGCACUAUAAAAUAAAAUUACUAUCAUUUUUCAGGGUACUUUAGAAGCUUAAGUUAUUGCCGAGGCAUGGUCAAUUUUUGAUAGGUGGUUGAUAGUGUUAUGGAGCCCGUGAAGUAUCGCAACAUUUCCUGAAAUAGCAGUAUAUGCUGGUAGUUUUUCAAAAUGAUAUCAGUGCAUUUUAUAAGCUGAUAAGUUUGUAUAUACUUUUUAUUUUCAGGAUACGCAUGGUUAUCACAUGUCACAGACCGUUUAUCUCCAUAAUUACAUACUUUCCAAACAAUCUUAUAUAACCAUUUACUCUACAAGUAAUGAGUACUCGUUAUCAACGCAACUAUAUGGUUUCAAUUGCACUCUUAUCGCGAUUAAUUUGUACUUAGCGACCUAGAAAUUUACAUUUGUUGGCCCUUGAUUUUAAUAAUUCAUGUAAUUAGCAUGUUGGUGAAGUGACUUUCUUGUAGUGUCACAAUGUUUCAUGAAAUUAUAUCAUCUUUUCAUAGCUUUAAAUUAUUUUCCUAUCACAACUAAAGCUGAUAAGUUAGAAAUAAACUCAUCCCGCAACAUAAUAAAUAUAUCUCUAUAUUGAUAUAAACAUUAUAAAAAGAAAUGUAUGUAAAUGAAUAAUUAAAAGCGAGUCUAUAAUCACUAAAAA